ACUUCGAUUUGAAUCCCUCGAGGGACCAGCAGAUCCAACACCGAGCUGAAGUUCACUCCAUCUACCGUCGUCGGCGACUGUGUUAACUCUCUCUCUCUCUCUCACAUUUGCGGCCCCUUAUACUCUGCAACCGCCGGCGUCCGCCCCCGGGAGUGGGUCUUCAUUCCUACAAAGCUCGAACAGCCAGCCGCCGGCGAUUCUGCCUUUGCCCGAGGUGCUUCAUCGUUUCAGCGUGGCGACCCUACGUCACUCCGUCACAGUUCAAAGCUGCUGAGCUCGAGAAGUGUCCGUCAGCAUGGAGCUUCCCUUUUACCCCAUUAGAUGAAUCCCUUCUCCUUGUGGCCAUUCCAGAAGGGAAACCUUCAAAGAGACAUUUUGAGGAGAUACUCAUGUCAGUAGAAUGGAUCACUGUGGAACAUGUCUCCAUUGACUUCUCUUAAGCGGCAGUUAUCUUCCCCUUCUUCAACGAUAGCAGCAGCAACAGCUGUCCCUUGGAACAGCAAAUAUGGCCCCUUCAUCUGUGACAGCAUCUGUGCCACUCGCAGAAGAAGAGGACAAGGACGAUUUUGCGGAUGGCAAGUGCGCGUUCCUCAUGGUAGCUCUCUGUCCGUGUCUGAUUUGCAUCAUUUUGGUGCUCAUCAUUGUGUCUAUACUCUUUUCUGUCAAGCUCCAUGCUUUUUGCCAUAUAUCACUUCUUCGGUCCCUUUACCAAAAGUUAGGCAUGAAACAUUGUGCACCUCCAGGGCUCUGAAUCUUAGUUUCUCGUUUGGCAUGCUAAUGGGGCCACAUAUGUGUAGAAAAUUUUCUACACUUUUGGAGGAAGAAGUGGACAAAAGGAAUGGAGAUGAAGUUGCUAAUGACACUCAUUUAUUUGUUGAUGGUGAUGUUGGUGAUGAUUAUAAUGAUGAUGGUAGGGGCAGUGCUGGUGGUGACAGUGGCAGUGAUUCUGAGAAGAGCAGGGAAAGAGAGAUCUAUGCCAAAGAGGUCGAUAGAGUGUACAAAGUCGUUAAUGAAUUGUUUGCUUCUGACAGGAAUAUGGAAGCAGUUCUAAACCAAUGCAAUGUGAUGGUUUCACACGUGCUGGUUGUGGAUGUCUUAAAUCGAUUCCGGCAUGCCUGGAAGCCUGCUUCGAGAUUCUUUUACUGGGCAGGGCAGCAGCCAGGUUUCUCUCAUGAUUCACAGACAUACAAUGCGAUGAUGAACAUCCUAGGAAAGACUAGGCAGUUUGAGAGCAUGGUGGCUAUGUUUGAAGAGAUGGGGAAGAACGGUGUGAUCACAAUGGAGACUUUCAUUAUAGCAACUAAGGCAUUUGCUGCUGGCAGGGAGAUGAAGAAGGCUGUUAGUAUAUUUGAGUUGAUGAAGAGGUACAACUUUGAAGCAGAUAUCAAUACGUUGAAUGCACUGCUCGAUGCGCUUGGAAGAGCAAAGCUGGCUAAGGAAGCCCAAUCUUUGUGUGAGAAAAUGAAGGAUAGGUUUCCUCCAGAUCUCAAGACAUAUUCCGUUCUGCUCUCGGGGUGGUGCAAGGUGAAAAAUUUGGUGGAGGCAGGAAAAAUUUGGAAUGAGAUGGUGGACAAGGGAUUUAAGCCUGACAUUGUUGCUCACAACACCAUGCUAGAGGGGCUUUUCAUGGGUGGGAGGAAAUCUGAGGCUAUCAAGCUCUUUGAACUCAUGAAAGUUAAAGGACCUUCACCCAACGUGAAAAGUUACACAAUCUUGAUGAGAAAUCUCUGCAAAUCGAAAAAAAUGGAUGUUGCCAUGCAGUACUUUGAUGAAAUGCAAGCUAGCGGAUGCAAGCCAGAUAUUGCAGUCUAUACUUGUUUGAUUGUUGGCUUUGGGAAUGUUGGAAAAAUGGUUUAUGUCUAUAAGUUGCUGCAAGAGAUGAAAAAAAAUGGAUGUCCUCCUGAUGGUCGAACUUACAAUGCCUUGAUUAAGUUGAUGACCAACCGAAACAUGCCAGCUGAUGCUGCAAGAAUUUAUAAUAAAAUGAUUGAAAAUGGAUUGGAGCCGACAAUACACACUUACAACAUGAUAAUGAAGUCCUUCUUCCUGUCAAAAAAUUAUGAAAUGGGGCUGGCAGUCUGGAAUGAAAUGUUAAGAAAAGGUUGUUGCCCUGAUGAUAAUUCCUAUACAGUUUUCAUCAAUGGGCUUAUCAGAACAGGCAGAGCUGAAGAGGCUUGCAUGUACAUAGAGGAGAUGAUAAACAAAGGCAUGAAAGCUCCACAGUUGGAUUACAACAAGUUUGCUGCUGACUUUUCUAAGGCAGGGAAACCUGAUAUACUUGAAGAGCUUGCCAAGCGUUUGAAGUUUUCUGGGAAAUUUGAAGAUUCAAAUACAUUCUUGAGAUUAUCUGCACAAAUGAAGAAGAGGGUCAGGAGUAGAGACUCUUGACAAUUGCAGAGUUUUGGCAUCACUUUUUGGUUUCCUUGCUGUAAUAAUCUGUUAUAUAACAUAGUCUGGCAUCUUCAGAAAUGGAAAAAGGCCUUCACAGGAAAAUCAGCAUCAAAAUCAGGCUUGUGCUUGUAUGAUAUUAAUAUACAAUUCUGCAUGGUAAAUGGAUUGCCGCUGGUCAUUUUCUUGCGCUGGUCCAUGUAAAAUUUGCUGCUAAUUACAGGAUGUGUUCACAGAAUCACUUUGUCAAAAGACUUGAGUUAAUGAUGUUGUUGAUUGUUUACUUGGCACAUCAUAUUCAAGUUCAAGUGUUUAUCUUUUUGUAACAUUUUGUGUGAUUCUUCGUGACAUUUUGGCUGUUUGCACCAUCUAUCUCCAAUCUGUCGGGGUCAUGGCAGAAGGCAGUAGUUGAUUUCACAAAUCCGAUAACCUAUCCUAGGAAAACUAGUAUUAAGGAAGACCAGAGUUCGGAAUCGUGGUGGCAGGAGGAACAAGUUCAUCUGAAAAUAUACGGAUGUCAGAGGUCAUAUCUGGAGAUGGUUCUGGCAUUAUGUUUCUUCAUCUGUCAGUGUGGCAUUGCUUGGCACCUCAGCAUGGCCCACUAACAAGAAUAUUCUUGUAAGUUUGUGAAUUUAAUGAGUUCGUUGACAUUCUGUUUCAUUUGUACUGAAUCUUAUUCUUUUGAUUAUGCCAGCUAUAUGGGCUGUCAUAUCUGCAGGCCAUGGUUUUGUUGGUAUUUAAAGUUAUGGUAUCUAAUGUGCUUGACAUGAUAUG